AUGAAGGACAAGCCGUUGCGAGAGUUGGUGCCGGAGAUGAUGAUGAGCUCAAAAGUAUUGGUCUUGUAUUUGGUGCCCGCAUUCCUCUACUGUCUCUACAAUAACCUGUCGUUCAUAAACCUGUCUUCUUAUGAUCCGACCACUUAUUAUCUGUUAUUACAGCUGCGAGUAGUGGUUACGGUAUUUUGUUCGUGUUUUGCCGGCGUUUACAACGAAUACUUGUUGAAAGACGUCGGCUCUAAAGUGCAUCUAAUGGUCCAAAACGUGUUUAUGUAUAUCGACUCAAUUGCAUGUAAUUUAGCAUUACUUGUACUGUCGGGUGAAGUGAGUCGACUCUCAGAGCUCUCCCAAAGUAUUACAAUAAUCAGUGAUCCGAAGAUCAUAGCUGUGAUGGUCAACAAUGCCUUAUGUGGUAUAAUCACGAGUUUCUUUCUCAAGAACCUUAACUCCAUUCUCAAGACAUUCGCCGCCGCAUUAGAGCUCGUCUUUACGGCAAUACUUUGUUUUAUUAUAUUCGACAUCAAAAUAGAUAUGUUUACAGUCAUCUCCAUUGCGAUCGUCUCUUAUGCCACUUUUCUCUAUUCACAAAACCCUGUCAUUAAUGCAACAAAUGAUAAACAACUCGAUGAAGACAAUCAACACAAUCACAUUCAGUAUUCACUUCUUAAUGACAACAAAACUGACGAUAAAAACGAGUCAAUCGUAUAA